AUGAAAGCAUCAGUGAAGACCUUUACACGCUUUUCAUCCGCCUAUGGCUUCCGCUCCUACACAAUUUCAGCAUUGGCCGAUUCUCCAAUGCAUAAAAUCCCAUUUUCGCUUAUAAAGCUGAUAGAUUCUUCUUUAUCUUCAUUUGCUCCUACUACUACUCUUCUAUUCCACAACUUCUCCCAUUCCAUUGACUGUAAUAUAUGUAAUACACUUAUCAGACGCUACACAGAUUCAAAAAAUCACUCGUAUUCACUUUACGUUUACACCCAAAUGCGUAAACUGAAUAUCCUUCCUGAUUCCUCGACGUUCCCAAGUCUUCUCAAAUCCGUCGCUCAAUUAUCUUGCCUAGAAGUCGGGAAAUCCAUCCAUUGUAGUGCAAUUCAGUUGGGUUUUGCUUCAGAUAUUUAUACAAACACUGUUCUUGUGUCCAUGUAUGGGAUUUGUCAGCAACCCGAUGAUGCCCGUCAACUGUUUGAUGAAAUUCCUGAGAGGAAUGUAGUUACGUGGAAUGCGUUGAUCACGAGUUAUACGCAUAAUAGGAUGUUUAGAGAAGCAGUUGAUGUGUUUAGGGAGAUGCUAGGUUGUGGGGUGAAACCAAGUGAGGUUACUAUGGUUGGAGUUUUAUCGGCUUGUUCUCAUUUGGGAGCUUUGAGUCAAGGGAAGUGGAUUCAUGAUUAUAUUGUGAGGAAUCGGUUGAGAGUGAAUGUAUACGUUGGUACUGCGUUGAUUGAUAUGUAUGCUAAAUGUGGAGAUAUUGACGAGGCAAAAAAGGUGUUUGAAACAAUGGGACUGAAAAAUAUUUAUACGUGGAAUGUAUUGAUUUCGGCGUAUGCCAUGAAUGGACAAGGGGAGGCUGCAUUGCAGACUUUUGAUAGGAUGGUUGUAGAAGGCGUUAAGCCUGAUGCUGUUACUUUCUUGAGUGUUUUAUGUGCUUGCUGUCACCAAGGUUUUGUUGAGGAAGGUAGAAGGCUGUUCUCAAACAUGAUAAAUGAGUUUAGAUUGCAGCCAAAGAUAGUGCAUUACGGGUGUAUGAUUGAUCUACUUGGACGUGGUGGGUUCUUGGAUGAAGCUAUGGAAAUGAUUCAUUCGAUGAAAUUAAAGCCUGAUGCAAUAAUAUGGAGGACACUACUUGGUGCCUGUAGAUUUCAUGGAAGAGAAGAACUUGGUGAAUUUGCUUUCCGUAAGCUUCUGGAACUGGAACCAACGAACGGGGAAAACUACGUGUUAAUAUCAAAUGUUCAUACUCAAAAAAAGAAAUGGACUGAAGUUGGAGAAGUUAGGGAGUUGAUGGACAGCAGCGGAAUCAAAAAGAUUCCUGGAUGCAGUUCAAUUGAAAUUGAAAAUGCAGUUUAUGAGUUUAAGGCAUCUGAUCCACUUGAAAGAGGGCAUGAGGAAAUCCAUAAGAUGUUGCAAGACAUGAAAAAACAGUUGAAAUUAGCUGGUUAUGUGCCUGAAACAGAGAUAGCUCUUUAUGAUAUUAAUGAAGAGGAAAAGGAGCAUAAUCUGAUAUACCACAGUGAAAAGCUUGCUCUUGCAUUUGGGCUGCUACAUUCAUCUGAACCUACAUUAAGGAUAAUGAAGAAUUUAAGGAUUUGUCAGGACUGCCACCAAUUCUUUAAGCUUGCUUCAGCAAUUUAUGAAAGGAAUAUUGUUGUUAGAGAUAUAAAGCGCUUCCAUCAUUUCAGUGGAGGUCUUUGCUCAUGCAAAGAUUAUUGGUGA